AUGGAGCGGCGGCAGCAGCAGGAGGCGACGAGGCGGACCCUGCCGCGGCGCGGGCAGAUCAAGGCGCGCAUCUUCGCGAGCCUGUUCCGGUGCGUCGUCCCCGAGGCGCCCGCGCGCAAGGAAAAGGAAGGCGGCAAGAGCAAAGAUGGCAGCAACAAUCGCCGCCGCGUCUCCCCCGGUGGCUGA